GAUCUAAUAACACAUUAUCAAUAAACACUUCAAAAUCCAACCCAAAACCCUUCCCCCACCUCUCAAACAAUCAUGUCCAUCCAUCUCCUCCUCCUCUUCCUUCUCCUCCGUCCGAUUCCUCUCUUCUCCACCUCCACCUUCUCCUUCAUCGGCAUCAACUACGGCCAAGUCGGCGACAACCUCCCUUCCCCCUCCUCCGUCCUCCCUCUCUUCCACUCCCUCUCCAUCACUCGCGUUCGCCUCUACGACUUCAACCCAACCCUUCUUAUCCCCUCCUCCUCCUCCUCCUCCUCUCUCGACCUCACCAUCGGCGUCCCUGAUCGCUGCCUCCCUUCCUUCGCCUCCGAUCCCCAUUCCUCCCUCUCCUUUCUCCACUCCAACGUCCUCCCCUACCCUUCCAUUUCCCUCAUCACUCUCGGCAACGAGGUCCUCACCUCCAACUCCUCCCUUCUCCUCUCCUCUCUCCUCCCCGCCAUCAACAAUCUCCACUCUUCCCUUCUCUCCCUCAACCUCCACCAACGCAUCAAGAUCUCCACCGCUCACUCCCUCUCCAUCCUCUCCCAAUCCUUCCCCCCUUCCUCUUCCUCCUUCCGCCACGAUCUCCUCCCAAUCCUCACCCCUCUUCUCUCUUUCCUUUCCAGAUCCAAAUCCCCUUUCCUAAUCAACGCUUACCCUUACUUCGCCUACAAGGCCGAUCCCAACCACGUCGAUCUCGAUUACGUCCUCUUCCAGCCCAACGAUGGCGUCGUCGACCCCGGCUCCGGCUUGCGCUACGACAACAUGCUCCAUGCCCAGGUUGACGCCGUCCGAUCCGCGAUUUCCAAGGCCGGCGGCGAUGCUGGUUUGGAGGUUAGGGUUUCUGAGACUGGUUGGCCGUCCGCUGGUGACCCCGAUGAGGCCGGAGCUACGCCUGAGAAUGCGAGGAGGUAUAAUGGCAAUCUCAUGAGAAUGGUCGCUUCCGGCCGGGGAACUCCGGCGAGGCCCCGGGAUCCACUCCGCGUUGACAUCUUCGCCCUUUUCAACGAGAACUUGAAGCCCGGACCGGCAUCGGAGAGGCACUAUGGGUUAUUCAAGCCUGACGGUACUCCGGCGUACCAGCUCAACCUCGCACCGGCUUCCUCCGGCAACGACACCAGCAAUGUCAGCGCCGCCUCGCCGUCGCAGCAGUCCGCCGGCGAGGGUCUUUCGCUUAUGGGAUAUGAUAUCUCCUCGGCCGCGGUUCCGGUGUGGGCGUGGUGGGCCCCGCGUCGUGGAGCAUUAGGGAGCUUGAGUUUGGUGAUUUUGGUGUGGGGGUGGGCGCUAUGAAGACCAUUAAUGGUAAUGGAUAGUUAAUUACAAGUUAAUAUAGUUGGCAGAGUAGAUUAAUGAGGAAAUUAGUUUAGGGAUUUCAUUUAAUGGUUUAAUUAUUGGAUGUGGUUGGUCGGGCAUUUAAAUUAGAUGUGUGUUUGGAUGGAGUGACAUGAAAUUCCAUUGUAGUUCAAGUUGUCCAUGCAUUUGAUUUUAAAUUUU